AUGGGAACUGGUAGCGUGAACAAGAGGAAGUUGAACAAUGAGCAGCGGCCCGAGGAGGCAGCCGGGCGGCAAAUGGCGUCGAAGUCGGUGCUGGCGUCCGGUGGUGAUGUUGCAUUUCCUCGUGGUGGUGCCUCGGCCUUGACACCACUCGAGCUGAAACAGGUGGCUAACGAGGCAGCCAGUGAUGUGCUCUUCGGUAGGGAUGACGGCAAGCCGGCAGAAGAAAGACCUCGGAAGAAGAAAAAGACCAGCAAGGCAUCCAAGGAGGAUGCGGUCGCUGGUAAAGAGGACCGCACGGACAUAGUCGAGCAUCUUUCAUUCAAAGGCCUAACAUCUGGUACCGUGCUGCUGGGACAGCUGUGCGGGGUCAACCGCACCGAUCUGUGCAUUGCGCUGACUGAUGGGCUGCGCGGCUAUGUACCGUUGACGAAUAUUUCUGCUCCUUUCACCUCCUUGCUAGAACAGCUAGAUCAGUCAAUGGACAGUGGGUCUGAGGACGAGGACGACGAUUCCGAUGAUGAGCAGAGGGACAAGCCGCACACCAUCACGGAGCUGCCAGAGCUCUCCAAGUAUUUCACACUUGGACAGUGGCUGAGAUGCGUCGUCGUUAAAAACAGUGCAUUAGACAGCCAGAAGAAGAAGAACAGUAGAAUUGAGCUAUCGAUUGAGCCUUCAAAGGUGAACCUAUUCGAAACUGAGGAUCUGGCAAAGCACACAACUGUACAAUGCGCGGUGAAGAGUAUAGAAGACCAUGGCGCGCUAUUGGACUUGGGUGUACAGGAUGUCACGGGGUUUAUUUCUAACAAGGAUCUCUCCAAAAUGGGUGAUGUCAUGCCUGGUUCCGUAUUUUUGGCAAACAUAACCAAACGUGGCGAUCGCACUGCGACUGUCAACUUCGAAUUUACGGCAAAGAACUCAAAGGUGUCGCAGAUAUCUUCAGUAGAUGCUGUGAUACCGGGGCACACGAUUGACUUUCUCUGCGAAAAGAUAACAAAUCAUGGAAUCAUAGGCAAAGCGUUUGGUGUACUUGAUGGAUUCCUUAGCGAGUCUCAGGCUCGGGUGUUUUCAGUCACAGACAUGAAGCACAAGUACGCUAUAGGCUCGAACAUUAAGGUUCGGAUAAUUGCCACCUUGAGAACCAAACAAGGUAACAAAGUUAUCCUAGUUUCUGCUCUGCCCCACAUUUUAUCUUUGGAGCGCAACCUGCUAGAAACAGAAGCAAUGCAUGCAUUCCCUGUUGGCUAUGUCUUUGACAAUUGUAAGUUGUUGGGCAGAGACUCACAGUACUUGUACGUUUCCCUCUCAGAUGAACGCAUCGGUCAAAUACACAUAUCGAAGGCAGGGGAUGCUAUUACUCAGGAGGCAGUCAAAGCUAGGGUGACCGGAUAUAACACUGUGGAUGGAUAUUACCAGCUGACUUCAGAUCCUAAACUACUAGCAAAGCCAUACCUGAGAUCAGCAGAUAUUCCUGUGGGAACAAUUCUAUCUGGUUGUGAGAUUACUGCUGUUUCGGGGAAUGGUAUUGAACUAAGUCUCUUUGAUGGCCAAUUCAAGGCGUUCGUUGCGCCUCUUCAUAUUUCUGAUAUUAGGCUGGUCUAUCCUGAGAGAAAGUUCAAAAUUGGUUCUAAGGUAAAGGGAAGAGUGCUUCACGUUGAUAACAAAGGCCGUGUCUACGUAACACUAAAAAAAUCUUUGGUAUCAGCGAAUGACUCUGACAUCCCCCUAGUAUCCGAUUUUGAGCAAAUAGCAAAGCUUGCUGAGGAAGAUGGGAAGACCCUAGCUACGGUUGAAAGCUUUAAGCCUAGUGGAUGUGUGGUUACCUUUCUAGGUAACUUGAAGGCAUUUUUGCCAAAUAAAGAGAUUUCUGAGGCAUUUGUCCAGAGAGCCCAAGACCACUUGAGACUUGGCCAGACUGUGGUUGUGAAAGUGCUUGAGCAUGUUGCCAAACAAUCCAAGGUCAUAGUGACGCGCAAAGUCUCGUCAGAAGAUUCUGAAAAACAGAAAGCUGCUAUUAAUGACCUAGUUGUUGGGAGAUCCAUAGUUGAUGUUACCGUGGUCGAGAAGACCAAGGAUUCUGUCGUGGUGGAACUCAAUGAUGUUGGGCUAAGAGGUGUCAUUUAUGUGGGCCAUCUCUCUGAUUCUAAACUGGAACAAAACAGAGCUCUUUUGAAGAAGUUGAGGAUUGGUUCAUCUCUACAGGGUGUUGUCAUGGACAAGGACGUGAAAACUCGUGUUUUCAACAUGUCUUGUAAGAAAUCUCUAAUAAAAGAUGCCUCUAAGGACAUCCUUCCACUCACAUUCGUGGAUAUCAAGGACAAAGACCCCAACACACCAAUGCAUGGGUAUGUCAAAUCUAUUUCGGACAGGGGUAUUUUUGUUGCAUUUACAGGUAAGUUUGUUGGACUUGUUUUGCCAAGCUAUGCCACUGAGAGUAGAGAUGUCGACAUUUUCAAGAAGUUUUACAUUAACCAAUCCGUCACUGUCUACCUGCUUAGAACGGACGAGGAAAAUGAAAGGUUUCUAUUGACGAUGAGCCCCCCUCAGACUUCGAACAAGAAGGAGGACUCUAACCACGAUGUCGCUGCUGUGAACCCGGUGGAUGCUUCCGUUAAAAUUAUCUCGCAAUAUUCCGUCGGUACUGUCACCAAGGCGCGUGUGAAAUCUGUCAAGAAAACACAGCUAAAUGUUGUUUUGGCUGAUAACCUGCACGGGCGUGUCGAUGCAUCUGAGAUCUAUGACACAUUUGAGGAGAUUGAGAACCCUAAGGAACCAUUGGCUAAGUUCAAAAGUGGUGAUGUGAUUGAUGUGAAGGUGAUUGGUUUCCACGACUCUAAGACGCACAAAUUUCUACCAAUCUCUCAUAGAACGGGCGUGAAUACCGUCUUGGAGCUUUCGGCAAAGAAAUCCGCCUUGAAAGGUGCAUACCAGCCGAUUGAAUUCAGCGGCAUGAAGAACGGUGACGAGUUAAUUGGUUUUGUGAAUAACUUCGCGAAGGGUUUUAUUUGGUUAACUCUAUCUCCUGCCUUGAAGGCGAAGAUUCCAGACUUUGAGUUAUCUGAUGAUGGCUCAGUCUUUACAGGCAAUUUGGAUGAAAGUUUCCCUCUAGGAUGCGCCCUAAAGGUGAAGGUGAAGGAACUCGAUCCUGCUCAUAAGAUAGUUAGUGUCUCGGCAAGAAAGCACGCUAUCACUGACAUAAAGGAUAUAAAGGUCGCUGAUAAGCUUCCUGCGAGGAUCGUUAAGGUAGCCGACAGCUACUUGCUCUUAGAUUUGGGCAAUAGGUUAACCGGUGUUGCAUUUGUGACUGAUGCCUUGAACGAGUUCUCUUUAUCACUCAGAUCGGUAUAUGAGGACAAAAUUGGAUCGAUGAUUUUGGCCUCUGUGGUGGGUGUGGAUGUAGAGAACAAAAAGAUCAAUCUCUCAUUGCGGACUGAAGACGCCACGGAUCGUUACAUUUUGUCUCACAAGGACUUGAAGCAGGGGGAUGUUGUCCGCGGCUUCAUUAAGUCUGUCACUGAUAAGGGUAUUUUUGUCUACUUGAGUAGAACAUUGCAGGCGUUUGUGCCUGUGAGCAAACUUACCGAUGCUUACAUUAAAGAAUGGAAGAAGUUCUACAAGACCAUGCAGCCUAUCACCGGAAAAGUAGUUAACUGUGAGAGUGACUCUCGCAUUUUGCUAACAAUGAAGGAAUCUGAGGUCAAUGGCGAGCUGAAGAUCCUUAAGUCAUACGCAGAUUUAAAGUCUGGCGACAUUUUUGAUGGAUCUGUUAAGAAUGUCACAGACUUUGGCGUGUUUGUGAAGCUGCAUAAUACGUUGAAUGUAACAGGCUUGGCUCAUAAGUCGGAAAUCUCUGACUCGAAGAUUGAUGAUCUAAGUUUGUUAUUUGGGGAGGGAGACAAGGUUAAGGCCAUCAUCCUCAAGACAAACCCAGAGAAGAACCAAGUAUCAUUGGGUCUGAAGGCUUCUUAUUUCCAGAAGGCCCACGAUGACGAGGAUGAAGCGGAACCUGCGGAGUCUAUCGAAGAAGCUAAUGGUGAAGAAAUUAAUGGCGAAGCUAGCGAUGAGGACGAAGCCAUGGAAGAUAUCGAAUAUGAGCAUACCCCUGCUGAUGCUCCUUCGCACGAAACGUCCUCUAAAGCACACAAGGAGGCUGUUCCGACUGGUCUAUCAUUAAGUGCUGGCUUUGAUUGGACUGCCAGUAUUCUAGACCAGAACAGGGAAGACAAUGAGGAGUCCAGUGAGGAUGAAGACUUCACCUCCAAGAAGGCGAAGAAGAAUAAAAAGCGUCACGCUGCAGUGAUCGACAGGACUGUCGACAUCAACACGAAAGCCCCAGAGUCGGUUGGUGACUUUGAACGCCUAAUAAUGGGUAAUCCAAACUCUUCCGUUAUCUGGAUGAACUACAUGGCCUUCCAGCUGCAACUGAGUGAGGUUGAAAAGGCACGCGAGCUUGCAGAACGUGCGCUAAAGACGAUCAGCUUCCGCGAAGAGCACGAGAAGCUCAACAUCUGGAUUGCGAUGCUCAACUUGGAGAACACCUUCGGCACUGACGAAACGCUUGAGGACGUAUUCCGCAGAGCCUGUCAAUAUAUGGACGCAUACACCAUCCACAUGAAGCUCAUUUCCAUCUAUGCCAUGAGCAGCAAGGAUGACAAGGCAGUCGAGCUCUACAAAGCCGCUGCCAAGAAGUUCGGCUCAGAGAAUGUCUCCUUGUGGGUCUCCUGGGGUGAGUUCUUGUUGACCCAUGAGCAGCCCGACGAGGCCCGCGCCGUGCUUGCGCAGGCUCUCAAGUCACUUCCUCGCCGCAGCCACAUCGACGUUGUGCGUAAGUUUGCGCAGUUAGAAUUUGCGAAGGGCGACCCUGAGCAGGGCCGCGCUCUAUUCGAGGGUCUUCUUGCUGACGCACCUAAGCGCAUUGAUAUCUGGAACGUUUAUUUGGACCAGGAGAUCAAAUCCUCUAACCGCGCUCGCGCUGAUGCGCUCUUUGAGCGUGUUUUAGUCGCUAAGCUUUCUCGCAAACAGGCAAAGUUCUUCUUUAAUAAGUGGCUCCAGCUUGCAGAAUCCACCGACGACCAACGCGGCGUCGAAUAUAUCAAGGCUAGAGCGGCUGACUACGUUCGGAAGCAUGACUCCGUUCCCGACGCCGAAUAG